CAAUGAAGAAAAAUAGAUUCCAGCAAUAAAAAGAGGAGUAAAAGAAACAAAAUUAUUUUGAUGAAGAAGAAGAUAUUGAUUUAGAAGAUGAUGGUCUUUUUGGUAAAGAAGUAUUAAUGGCAUGUAAGCAUUAAUUAAAUAUUCUAUAGCAAAACCUUAUGAGGAAUACUUCUAAAAGUUUAAUUAAUUGUACAACAAUCAUAUUGUUAAAUUUUCAGCAUUUGAAGAGGAUUAUCAAAUACCAUUAACUUAACCUGAUUAUGAAAGCAUUAUUCAGAGUCAUUUUAUGGUCUAUGAAAAAAAUAUGGGAUUGUUUGAUUUCAUGAAAUCAGAUAACAAAGUUUUUGAUAAGAUUUGUGCAUCAUUCGUCUUUAUUGAUAAUUAAAUUAGAUAGAUUGAAGAUUAAGUAUAUCAAAAAUAUUAUUAUUCUAUAGUUUUAUAAAUUUCUUGAUAAACUCACAAUCUAUGGAGAAUUAGCAGAUCUACACUUAGAAGAAGAAAGAAAACUAAGUGAUGGUGAAGCUGAAAUCAUGAUUUGUAGAAUGUUAGGAUAAUUCAAGUAAAUUUAUGACAUUAUUAAAAAACUCAUCAAUUACAUCACUCAUCUAGUCAAUCAAUUGAAUUUACUUUAUAAUAAAAAAGAUCCUAUCUCUAAAAUUAUCAAAAUCUUUAAUCUUAAUUUUCCAUUAGAUACAAUAGGAAGAGCAUUGCAACUUAUUUAUGUCUUAGAUAAUGUUGUAGAAUAGAAUGAUUAUCUAUAAGAACAUUGGAAUUUUUGUAAAAGAAUGAUUAAAAUUGUUAAACCAGAUCCUACUAAAUUUAAUUCAAAUGCAUAGAAUGUCAAACAAUUAGAAAAAAUUAUGAUUAGAUUAGAUAAAACAGUAUUAUCAGGAAAUUGUCUAUAAUCAGUUUUAGCUUAAAAUUGGGAUUAAAAUGUACAUGAAAAAACAGGUAAGGAAAAAAAUGCAAAUAUACCUGCAAUUAAAAAUAAUAAAGAUUUCUUUAAUUUAUUAAAUACAUACCUUAAAGAAAGAUAUGAAUUAUUUGAUAAAACUUUAGGAACAGCUAAAGAAAUGUUUGAAAGAGAUUUAUUAUUACCUACAUUUUGUGUUUAUGCAUUAGUAAGAUAAUUAUACCCAAAUGAUGAAAAUAGAGAUCUUUGGAAAAAUCUUUGGUCUUUAUAAAAAAAGAUACCAAUGGUAGAUGGACAUUCCUAAGUUUUAUGCUAUUUAAGUAAAUUCUUAAUGGAAGUAACUCCAUUAACAAAAAAGAGUUAAACAAUAGAUCCUAAAGAUCCAAUUGCAAAUUUUAAAAAUUAUUUAUAAAAAUUAUCAGUUUCGUUUUAAAGUGCAUUGACUGCAUAAUAUGUUGCAUUUACAACUUGGAUUGUAAGAGUUGAUUCAUUUUCAUGUAGUCAAGCAUCUUUCAAUAAUAUUGAUAAGAUAGAUAGAGAAAGAGCAUAAAGAUUCAUUGAAGAUAGAAUGAAUUAGAGAGUAGUUUUAGUUUUAUAAGGUUUAACUAUAGCAUCAUAAACUAGAAAUUUAUUAUAAUCAUUAUUAUUAGGAAAUUUUGGAUUAGAAGAAUAAUCAUUAGAUUUGGCAUUAUCAAAAGAUGUAGUUUUGGCUGUAGAAAUGUUAAAAGCAAUUGAAUAUUAUUUUGAAUAAAAAUAUGAUGUAUUCUAACCUGCUUUGAUUUAAAAUCAUAUUACAAAAAAUGGAUAAAAAAUUAUUCAAUAAGUAUUAGAAAAGAUGAAAGCUAAUCUUAAAAGUUUUGGAACUGGAGGUGCUGAAAUAUUGGGAGCAUUAUAAAUUUUGAAUUCAAUUCUUAAAAGUACACUCUCUCCAUUAAAAUUAUAAACAAUGUACUUUUUGAUGGAUUUUAUGAUAGCCAAAGAUAUUUUUACAAAUUAAGAAAAAGAAGAUUUUAGAAAUAUACUUUGGAAACUUGAUAAAUUAAUUUUAUUACCUUAUUAUGUUAAGAAGGUGACAGCAAGUACUUAUUUUUAUUGGUGUAGAGAAUUAUUACCUUCUUUCUUUCAAUAUUUAUAUCAACAUCCUUCAUAAGCUAAGAGAUUCUAAUUUCUAUUGAAUGCUGUUUCUGAUUGUUCAAUUUAAUUAAAAGAUUGUAUGCAUUUAGAAAAUCCUGAAGAAUUAUUUGAUUCUUUUAGAUAAUAUGUUGUUAAGGAAUUUUAUGCUUAAUAUUUAUAACCAUUAGCAAGAGAUAUUGAAGAUUAUUUAAGAAUUUAAGUUCACACAGUUUUGAUUGAAAAAAUUACAGCAUUAAAUCCAUUUAAAUAAUAAGUUAAAGAUUUAAAGAGAUUAUUAGAUAUAGAUUAUGUUUUAAUUUUUGAUUCUAUUGUUAAUUUAAGAACUGAAAUAAAUCAAAUACUUAAUGAAACAUUCUAUAAUAUAAAUGUUCUAAAUAUGUAUGACUAAGAAACUUAUGAAUAAAUGAGAAGUCUAGCUAAUUCUAAAUUUGGUUUAAAUUUGAUUAAUGUAUAUUUGCCUACUUAAACAGUUGAUUAAGGAAACUUCGAUGUGCUUAUUGUUCUAAAGAAUAUCUAAUAAUUCUUUACUAAAUACACUUAUAAUUUAUAUUAGCAAUAAUUUGUUUAAGUAUUAAUAUUAGAUUGAAUAUAAUUAGGUUACAUCUGAAAGUAAAUAGGUUUAUUCGAUAAGUAUUCAAUAGAUAGCUGAUUCAAUUAGAACACAUGGAAUUGGUAUAUUGAGCACAACAGUAAAUAGUGUGUAUAAAUUCUUAUAAAAGUAAUUUAAUUAAGAAUAUGAAAUAUUAGGAAAAUUCAAAUGUUUUCUCAAUUCUUGUUUGAUGAUCUAAUACAAUCACCUUUAGUGAGAGAAGAUAGAUACUUUAGAGAGAAGAAAGAUGAAUUGGAUGGUCAGUAUCCAUUUGAAAGAGCAGAGGCUUUAUAUAAAGAAAUAAAGAAAAUGGGUACAUUUGAUGAUGGAUCUAAUUAUAUUGAUAAAUUUAGAACUUUAAUAACUCAGAUAGGAAAUUCAUUAGCAUUUGUAAGAUUAUUAAGAUCAGCUGCUUUGCAUGUAAAUUCAAAAUGCUUAGAAUAUAUUCCUAGUUAAUAUAAUCUAACUUAAUUGGAAUCAUUGACAAGAGAAGCUGGAUUUAGUGGUAAUAAUAUUAUUAUAUUUUAUAAUAGAUGCUACAGUAAGUACUUCAAAAGAAUUAGAAGAGAUAUUUACAUAAUACAAAUCAAGUUUUUCAGAGAAGAUAGAUUAUUUAAAGUUAUUAUUAAAGGCAUUUUCAAGUAUCAACUCACCAGAAAAUGAACAUUUAUCUCUAUUUUAUUUAAUUGUUCCUACAUUAACUUUAAAUUUCAUAGAAAAGGUGUUGAUAUCAAAAGAUUAGAUAGGAAAGAAGAAUUCAACAACUGAAAUGUUUAUUAGUGUAAAAAGAUAGACAUAUAUAAUUAGGAUGAUGGUUUUACUUUAGGAAUUCAAUUUUUUUUAACUUUAUUGGAUUAAAAAGCAUAAUUUGAUUCACUACAUUGGAGAAAAGAGAUAAAGAGUAAAUUCACUGUAGAUAUGAAAUAGGCUAAAACUUUAGCAACAGCAAAACCAAAUCAAUCAUAAAGAGCAACAGAUGAAGUAAAUAGAAUAGUCAUAUAAAUAGAUUAACAUGUAAAAAGAAUUGUCAUUACGUAAAUUAAAUAUGCAAUAUGAUGAAUUCUAAAUGUUCUUCUAUGCAUUCAAUUCAUGUAAAAUCCUAUUUCUUGGAGAAUGA